CCAUGCUAACUACUACGAUACAUCCAUGAUGCUAACGUUAGCUCGUAAUGUCACCGGUUGUAAACAAAGUGUGAGCUGAAUCUCAUUAUCUUGUGCCUGUCGUUUCACUCCAUAGCGGGUAAAGCUUCGGUGAGCUAAUUUGUGAGGAUGGUGCAGCUGCAUGUGAAGCGUGGAGACGAGAGCCAGUUUCUCUUCAGCACCGCUGUGGACGCGCCUCUGGACGCGGUGAUCCAGCAGAUCACAGCCAUUUACAACGCAAGACUCAAAGUGGACAGAAUAUGUUCAGAAAUCCCAGAGCUGGCAGACCAUGGCAUCACGCUGCCACCCAACAUGCAGGGGCUGACAGAGGAGCAAAUUGUGGAGCUGAAACUGAAGGAUGAAUGGGAAGACAAAUGCGUACCCAGCGGAGGGCCAGUGUUUAGAAAGGAUGAAAUUGGAAGGAGGAACGGACACGCUCCAAAUGAUAAAAUGAAAGAGGUGUUGAUGAAAACAGUGGAGGAGGCAAAGGCACUGAUCUCCAAAAAACAAGUUCAAGCUAAUGUUUGUGUUACCAUGGAGAUGAUAAAGGAAGCCCUGGAUCCGCUAAGGGGUGCAGUCAUGAUAGUGUACCCCAUGGGGCUUCCUCCUCAUGACCCUAUCAGGAUGGAGUUUGAGGACCGGGAAGACCUAUCAGGGACACAGGCAUCUCUGCAGGUGAUCACAGAGGACGAGUGCCAGCUAUGGUGGGCUGCCAAAGAGAUGCAGAGGGGGAAAAAACUGCAGGACUACAUCGGCAAAAAUGACAAGACGAAGCUGGUAGUCAAGAUCCAAAAAAGAGGAGAGGGGGCGCCAGCGAGAGAGCCUCUGAUCACAGAUGAGCAGCAGAAACAGAUGAUGCUGCAUCACUACAGGAGGCAGGAGGAGCUCAAGAAACUGGAGGAGGCAGACGAUGAUAGCUACCUGGACUCGGAGUGGUCAGACAGACAGGCCCUGAAAAAACAGUUUCAAGGCCUCACCAACAUCAAAUGGGGACCGCGGUAAAGACCACUGCUGCUUAAAUUCCCACCUUGGAGCUGCUGCCCUCACCUGCUCCUUUACAGCUCUAUAUGCAACUGACCGAGAUGCCUUAAUAUCACAAUACUGAAACCAGUUUAUUUGCUGUGUUAUUUGAGUUCUUCCAGCAAGAAUUGUACACAACAGAUAAGUUCAUAUGCCUCGAAGUAGUCACUGGACUGAAACAUGAAGAAGACAGAUGGAGAAAUUGUAAGACAGAACAAGAAAUGAUGUCACGUGGAGGCUGAUGUUAGAUAAACCUGUUUAUUUGAAGUUAAAUCUGAUGCCUGUGUUCAUUUACCAGUUGUUUUCACCCUGUUGUAAAGUUAUAAUUAAAUUGAUGCUGUGAAAAAAAUUAAAGCUCAAUGUAAAUGUACUUUCUGUCGUUAUUGUGUGGGGAAAAAAAUCAAAUAGAGCGGUUUUUGUGGGUUGACAUUCAACAAUAUUAAGAGGUAGUGAAUCAACUGGAAAAGUUUUACAACCCUUGGAUUGCAGGGACAAGGAUGCAACACCUUUCCUCUCUUUGUCUCCCGUCACUGACACACACACACGCACACACACACACACCUCUGCGAGUCGGAGCUGCUCUGAGGCAGGAAGUUGCCACAUACUAGAUGAUCGUUCCAGCUCUUGUCCAAGCACGGACAAGGAAGCUGUAGAGUUCAGAGUGUUUCGUUCACUGAAAGGUUGAACUGUUUGUACGUGCUGACAGCUGAUGCAGUGAUUCAGAGAGGAGCAUUUCAAGGAGCAGUGCAUUCAAAUUGGAAAGAAAUAUUCUGGAUCUACAGUGUGAACAGAUGGUAACUACAACAACCACUAAUGAAGUAAUAUGGUUAGGAAAACACUUUACUGCAGCUAUUUUUGUUAGGGAAAGCAACACUUGACUCUUAUUAAGCCUCAGAUAUGACCGUGAUGAAAAGGCUUCAUUCUUGAGUUAAAACCCAGAGGGAGUUGGGAACAACUGUGUAUUGUGAUCCCUCUAGAAAAACUGAAGGUAUUAUGGCAGAUCACUGUCCCUGAAAUGUUCUUUGCUUUGUAGUAAUAUUGUCAGUGUCACUGAUAAAGCUGCUAUUUGUCCCCUAAAGGAUUAGUCCAUACAAAACAGUGCCUUAGAUUACCUUAAAUGUUGAAACUAAAAUAUUUAAGGUAACCACAAUUGUACCUCCACAUAGUUGCUUCUGCAGACCUCUAACAUUUUCUACAAAUAUUAUAAAGCGUCUUCUUCUAAUCAGUGUAAUCUAAUUGCUGCUCAACAGAAAGGGAAAAGAUUGAAGGUGCUGUUAUUUAUAGGUUGUUAUGCAAUGAUUUUACUGGUCCGGAUCACCUGAGAUCAAUUUGCGCUGUUGUCACUGCUGUAUGUGUGUUGUGUGGUGUUGUCCCUUUUUUUUCUCCUGCAGCUCUGCCCAGGUGUGCUGCAUCACCAAACGAAGUGCAUUGCUCAGUGAGGUGCACCUGGCCUGGGAAGAAGCUGCUUAAAAGCUCCUGUUCCUGCAGCAGAGGAGAUGUUGAUGCCUCUCUGCCUGGAAUUAUUAUUGUCUUGUUUGCAUGGAUUUAAUCUUUUAUAAGGUGUCUUGUGUGGUUAUUUUGGGUCAGAGAUGGAGUGUUGUUCGCCCCAUAGGGCCACUUUGGGGUGUAACAGCUGUAUGUGGCCCAUGAAUUAAAAAGUCUUACAAGGUGGUUUAAACCAUUGCACAAAGCUUCCCCAUAUGACUACACCAAUGGAUGUGUUGCUCAAAUUACUAACUAAGGUAGGGCUGUUGCCUUAAUCUGUUAGUCUAUUGUCAAUUUGACCUUAAAGCUUGAUACUGAAUUCAGUUAAUUUUACAUUAAAACCUUUUCCAUC